AUGACGAGUGCUGAUGCAGUCUCACAGAGUACUGAUACAUUCUCACAGAAUAGUGCUGAUACAGUCUCACAGAGUACUGAUACAGUCUCACAGAGUAGCAUUGAUACAGUCUCACAGAGUGCUGAUACAGUCUCACAAAGUAGCGCUGAAACAGUCUCACAGAAUAGCACUGAUACAUUCUCACAGAGUGCUGAUACAUUCUCACAGAGUGCUGAUACAGUCUCACAGAGUGCUGAUACAGUCUCACAGAGUGCUGAUACAGUCUCACAGAGUGCUGAUACAGUCUCACAGAGUGCUGAUACAGUCUCACAGAGUGCUGAUACAGUCUCACAGAGUGCUGAUACAGUCUCACAGAGUAGUGCUGAUACAGUCUCACAGAGUGCUGAUACAGUCUCACAGAGUGCUGAUACAGUCUCACAGAGUGCUGAUACAGUCUCACAGAGUAGUGCUGAUACAGUCUCACAGAGUAGUGCUGAUACAGUCUCACAGAGUUCUGAUACAGUCUCACAGAGUGCUGAUACAGUCUCACAGAGUAGUGCUGAUACAGUCUCACAGAGUGCUGAUACAGUCUCACAGAGUGCUGAUACAGUCUCACAGAGUAGUGCUGAUACAGUCUCACAGAGUGUUGAUACAGUCUCACAGAGUAGUGCUGAUACAGUCUCACAGAGUGCUGAUACAGUCUCACAGAGUUCUGAUACAGUCUCACAGAGUGCUGAUACAGUCUCACAGAGUAGUGCUGAUACAGUCUCACAGAGUGCUGAUACAGUCUCACAGAGUGCUGAUACAGUCUCACAGAGUAGUGCUGAUACAAGUAGCACUGAUACAGUCUCACAGAGUAGUGCUGAUACAGUCUCACAGAGUGCUGAUACAGUCUCACAGAGUGUUGAUACAGUCUCACAGAGUAGUGCUGAUACAGUCUCACAGAGUGCUGAUACAGUCUCACAGAGUAGUGCUGAUACAGUCUCACAGAGUAGUGCUGAUACAGUCUCACAGAGUGUUGAUACAGUCUCACAGAGUAGUGCUGAUACAGUCUCACAGAGUGUUGAUACAGUCUCACAGAGUAGUGCUGAUACAGUCUCUCAGAGUAGUGCUGAUACAGUCUCACAGAGUAGUGCUGAUAGAGUCUCACAGAUUGCUGAUACAGUCUCACAGAGUAGUGCUUAUACAGUCUCACAGAGUAGUGCUGAUACAGCCUCACAGAGUGCUGAUACAGUCUCACAGAGUAGUGCUGAUACAGUCUCACAGAGUAGAGCUGAUACAGUCUCACAGAGUAGUGCUGAUACAGUCUCACAGAGUAGCGGUGAUACAGUCUCACAGAGUAGUGCUGAUACAGUCUCACAGAGUAGAGCUGAUACAGUCUCACAGAGUAGUGCUGAUACAGUCUCACAGAGUGCUGAUACAGUCUCACAGAGUAGUGCUGAUACAGUCUCACAGAGUAGUGCUGAUACAGUCUCACAGAGUAGUGCUGAUACAGUCUCACAGAGUGCUGAUACAGUCUCACAGAGUAGUGCUGAUACAGUCUCACAGAGUGCUGAUACAGUCUCACAGAGUAGAGCUGAUACAGUCUCACAGAGUAGUGCUGACAGUCUCACAGAGUUCUGA